AAUGCCAAGGUAGAAGACAAGAGUGUGCAUGAAAGCAAAAGGAAAAAGGUUGUUUUGUUAGACUUUAGAGUGCCCACUUUCUUUCCUAGAAAUUUCUUGGUUCCUUCCUCAACUUCUAAUUUUAUGAUUCCUUUUGAUUAGAAUUUGUCUUUUUCUCCAGUUUAAAUACUUUACCUCUGUAUGCAACACCUUUCACAGAGGCAAAAUUCAGUUGAAGAUUGUCUUAUAGUUUUGACAUACACACAGCUUGGUUGGCAAUGGCUUCCACAAGCACUCAAAUGGCGUCUGAUUCUUCUCCUUCCAACCUUGGUUGGACUCAUGAAGUGUUCUUGAGUUUUAGAGGGGAAGACACCCGUUACAAUUUCACUGAUCACUUAUAUAAUGCUUUGGUUGAAAAACGCAUUAUAACUUUCAGAGAUGACAAACUUAAGAGAGGAGAAAAAAUUGCGCCAGAGCUUCUAAAUGCUAUUGAAAAAUCAAGAUCUUCCAUUGUUGUUUUCUCAAAAACUUAUGCUCAUUCAACUUGGUGCCUAGACGAGCUUGCAAAGAUCAUGGAGUGCAGCCGGAAAUAUGGGCAAAUAGUAUUGCCAAUUUUCUACCAUGUGGAUCCAUCGGAUGUACGUAAACAAACAGGGAGGUUUGGAGAAGCAUUCACCAGGUAUGAAGAAAAUUGGAAGAACAAGGUACAAAGUUGGAAGGAGGCCUUGACUGAAGCAAGCAAUAUUUCUGGAUGGCAUGUAGAUGAUGGGUAUGAAUCAGAGUAUAUCAAGAAUAUUACUAGCACCAUCGCCAAUAGAAUAUCGAAUUGUAAACCCUUGUUUGUUGGGGAUAAUUUAGUUGGAAUGGAUUCCCAUUUUAAAAAAAUAAGUUUGAAACUGAGUAUGGAGUCAAAUGAUGUUCGCAUGGUUGGGAUAUGUGGAAUUAGUGGAAUAGGUAAAACAACCAUUGCUGGAUAUAUAUAUAAUCAAAUUUCUUGGGGAUUUGAAUGUAGUAGCUUCCUUGAAAAAGUUGGAGAGACUUACAAAAAUAAAGGUCCACUUCAUUUGCAAAAUAUACUUCUUAAUGAUAUCCUAGAGGGAGCAAAUCAAAAGGUAAGCAAUUCUCUCCAAGGAGCCAAUGUGAUAAAAAAAAGUCUUCCCCUUCGAAAGGCUCUUAUUAUUUUUGAUGAUGUUGAUGAUCUGGAACAAAUAGAAUCUUUAGUUGGAAAUCGUGCUUGGUAUGGUAAAGGAAGUAGAAUCAUCAUCACAACUAGAGAUAAACAAUGCAUAGCUAAGCUUAAUGUGGAUUACCUGUAUGAGGUUGAAGAACUAAAGCACGAUGAAGCACUUAAGCUCUUUAAUCAAAAUGCCUUUCAACCAGAUCUUCCAAAAAAGGAUUUUAAAAUUCUCUCAUAUUGUGCGAUAGAUUAUUGUCGAGGUCAUCCAUUAGCUUUGAAAGUUUUGGGUUCUUUUUUAUAUGGCAAGACAAUAGGUCAAUGGGAAAGUGAACUACACAAAUUGGAAUAAGAGCC